UUUUUCCCAGCAAAGGUUUUUCGGAGCUUCUAUUCUUCUGUAGCUCUCAUUCUUCCUUCCCUCUUGAAAACAAAACAAAAGACGGAACCGAGAGCGCGUCAGUGAAGCAACGGAAGCUAUGCUCCUCUAUCGCCAUGCCUCGAUACUUCACUACAGAAGGUUCCUAUCUUCUUCUGCUCCGCUUAUCUCAGCCGUCGGAUCACCUUGUCCACUCACAUCAUCGCCAUCAUCUUCACCAUCUUUGCUCUUCUCCUUUUGGCCAAAACCAUUGAGAGUCCGCAGGAGCGCAAGGCGGGGGUAUGGAGUUUCGGCUGUUGCCGGUGCCACCAUCGAAGAAAGGAAAGAUAAAGAAAGCUUCUUCGCUGAUGAAGCUAUCACAUGGAAAUCCCUCGGCAUUUCAGAUCAGCUUUGUCAAUCUCUCUCAGAUGUUGGCCUUCGGAAGCCGUCUCUGGUUCAGGCUGCGUGCAUACCGUACAUACUUUCGGGCAAUGAUGUGGUAAUUGCAGCGGAGACUGGCAGUGGGAAAACACAUGGAUACCUGGUUCCGUUAUUUGAAAAAUUAUGUGCCCCAUCUAAUCCUUCUGGCAGUGUGGAUGAUAAUCAAGCAAAUCCUCAGCCCCACAGACUAUCCCUUGUGCUUUGCCCGAACGUGAUGUUAUGCGAGCAAGUGGUUCGUAUGGCCAACUGUCUCUGCAACAGUCAUGGUGAACCGCUUCUGAGAAUCUAUGCUGUUUGUGGGCGACAUGGGUGGCCGGUCUCUCGACCUGACAUUCUUGUCUCAACACCAGCUGCUCUUUUGAAUUGUCUUUUUGCUCUUGACCCAGAAAAGCGGCGACGUUCCAAAUUUUUACGUGAUGUGAAAUACGUGGUGUUUGACGAAGCAGAUAUGCUGCUCUGUGGAAGCUUUCAGAAUCAAGUUAUUCGUAUAAUAAACAUGCUACGUUUUGAUGAGAAGCUGCUUUCUAGAAUGCAAGACUCUGCACUUGAGAAUUCAACUAAAUUAGAUGUGGAUACUGUGGUGGAUUUUGAGCCAGAAGAUGAUGAAGAGCUGCAGGCUGUCAGCUACUCUGAAGAGGAGGAUGAGAAUGAGGGUGGUGUUGACCUUGGAGAUGUCAGAACAGAGGAGAAUGAAGAGAUUAAAGCAGGCCCCUACAGAGGGAAAGACUGGAGGAGGGUUAGGAAAAUCUAUGUGCGGAGUAAGCAGUACAUUUUUGUGGCUGCCACUCUUCCUGAAAGUGGGAAGAAAACUGCUGGUGGGUUAUUAAAACGUAUGUUCCCAGAAGCCAGUUGGGUUAGUGGAAAUUACCUCCAUUGCCAUAAUCCCAGGUUGGAGCAGAGAUGGAUAGAAGUUACAAGAGAUACACAAGUUGAUGUUCUCAUUAAUGCUGUAAAGCAAGGUUUUAACUCUCAAGCAAUAGAUUCUGAUGAUGAUGGUAGUCGGACCAUGGUGUUUGCGAAUACCGUUGAUGCGGUCGAGUCAGUGGCUAAAAUAUUGCAGAGAGUAGGUGUUGAGUGCAUUUCUUACCACAGUGACAGCUCUUUGGAGGAGCGGGCUAAGGCUUUGAUUGAUUUUCAAGAAGGAGGGGGUGUACUUGUCUGCACUGAUGCCGCUGCACGUGGUCUUGACAUUCCAAAUGUUUCACAUGUUAUUCAGGCGGAGUUUGCAACUUCUGCAGUAGAUUUUUUGCAUAGGGUUGGCCGUACUGCAAGAGCAGGUCAAUCUGGACUGGUCACAAGCUUGUUCACAGAAUCCAACCAUGAUCUUGUUGCUGCUGUGCGUCUAGCAGGGAAACUGGGACAGCCUGUGGAGAAGGCAUUUAGCAGGAAAAGGAGCUUCCGGAAUAAGCUUAAGAAAGGCUCCAAAGGUGGUAGAGAUUCAUUGAGCACUGUGGACAGAGUUCUUGCGUAAUUCAGGGAUGGGACAGACAGUGUAGCACUCCGUACUUGUUUGCUCUAUGAGCAUCUAAGACGUAUUUACCUGGCGGAUUGUCUCUUCAAUCCAUAAUUUUGACAAUGUAAAUAUUUUUGUAUCAAUUUCACUGUUUCCGGUGCUAUUUUUCAAUGUGUAGUAUCUUUCUCUUUCAAAAAAAAAAAAAAAAGUUCAUAUCAAAUGUGUACUUUUUUUUUGUUGAGUAAAGCUAGCAUUGAAUCAGUGACCUUGA